ACAGCGAAUUGUAUAAUGGAAGGCGAUGUAUCUCGAAUGCACUUGUAGAGUCGUGCGCAAAAACCUAUCGACAAAAAUAUUGUGAAAUAGGCCCUAAGUCCGGAUUCCGGUAUCAGGAAGUUUAUCAAGCACGCAGGUUAUCGGAUUAUUGUUUGGUAAAAUCCAAAACAGACGCUUUUCAGAAUUAACACCCAGCCAUGUCCGCACCACCACCACCAUACCCAGGAAAAGGACAAGAGGCAGGUUACCCUGCUCAACCUCCACCACCCCAAGGAUAUGGACAGCCAUAUGGAGCACCUCCACCAGCAGCUUAUCCUGCACAGCCAUAUGGACAGCCAGCACAACCCUAUGGUCAACCAGCACAACCUUAUGGUCAGCCAGCACUCUAUGGACAACCAGGUCAGCCUGGGUAUCCCCAACAGCAGGGCCAGACCACAGUGGUAGUGGCUCAGCCAGCUGUGACUGUGGUACAACAGUUCCGGGAGUCCCCAGUCCAUACUCGCUGUCCUCAUUGUCAGGCUGAGGUUGUCACAGCUACACAGUUCGAGACUGGCUCGUUUACCUGGAUCAUCUGCCUUGUCCUGUGCAUUGUCGGAUGCGACCUUGGCUGUUGUUUCAUUCCGUUCUGUGUGGAUGGAUGCAAGGAUGUGACCCACAGCUGCCCUAACUGCAAGACCGUUAUCAGCAGGUACAACCGUAUGUAGGCGUAUGGCGCGGCUGUGUGUGACAUCAACGCCGCCCCAUCAAGUCUAGCUGUACACAUGGAGCCGACCCUGUGAUACUUACAACUGUUCUGUAUUCAAUAGUAAUCAGAAAUGAGAGAAAAAAUAGUGUAUUGUUUUUUUUAUUAAAGUGUUUCCAUUUUGUUAAAUGUAGAGGACCACCUGUGUAAAGUGUGGAUACAAGUAGCUUUUUGUUGUAAUUAUUUCCGAGAUCUAAGAAAUUUAUAUUAGUUAACAAUACUACUACAUGUACAUACCAUUUUCAUACUUAAAGUACCAGUUGUAUGAUAUAUACUUUACAAAGCUGUGAUUUGUGAUGGUCCAAAAUAAUUCAUUGGUACAUGUAUACAUACACAUACCGGAAUUGAAACAAAAUUUGUUAAUCAAGAAUUGUUAUCUUUUGAUUAAAGACUGUACUUUCUAAUACAUAUGCAGGUAGUUUAUUGAACUGAAUUGUUUUUUUGUAUAGAUUGAUUGCUUUGAGAAAGAAAUUUUAUUGAAGCAAAAUAACAUUGGACAUGCACAGCAGAGCCUCAUUGAUUAAAACCUAAUCACUUUUUAUUUAGACUCAGGUAUUAUGAUAGUAAUGUCAUACUGGUGUAAAUUGUGUAUAUGUUAAGCACAGUACUGUUUGUAAGUUAUUUUAGCUUUUGGUCUUCGUACAUAUUGCUUAUGAUAUUUUUUUAGUUGAACGAAGGAAUCUCCACUUUAAAAUGUUUUGCUGAUUAUUUCCUUCAGAAAAUAUGACCUGUUAUACGUGUUAGUAUUAAUGGUGCUCUGCUGUACAUUAAAACCCUGUAAUGACAAUGUAAAGGUUAUGGUGUGCUAAAUAUUUAACCUCUCAUAAUUAUAUACAAUAAAUAUAUCUUCGUUCAAUGCACAUUUCUAACAUCUUAUUCUUAUGUUCUAUUAGAAUUUUCAUUUGUCUCUUUAUAUAAAAAUUGAGAAAGAAACAUAAAUUAUCAACUUAAUAAUUUUAAAUUGUUUUACUCUUCAAAUUUUUAUCGUUCUGUUUGGGUUUCAUGCAAGUGUUAUUUAGCGAAAAAGUUAAAUUUGUCCUGGAGAAAAUAGAGGUAGAAUCAUUUAUAGCUCACUGUUAUUGUGAUAUCUCAGAAAAGUAUUUAAUUGGAUUUUGAUAGAUGAAGUAAGGGGAAAAGAAAGGAUUUAUUACUUGUUCGAAAUUUGAAAUCUUGAAAGGGUCAAGAUUAUGUGACAAAGUCUUUCAACAACAUUGAUAGACAGAACUAGUGUAUUUAGGAUGAAAUUUCCGUCCUGACUCUGAAUUAAAAUUCAUAUGGAUUUUCUGUUUUAUAUUUGUAUGUGUCAUGGUAGUUUUUGAUUUUGCUUAUUAGUACAUACUGCAACCUUUAUUAAAUUUGUGGAGAAGGCCUUAAUAAUUAAAUAUCCACUGAAUGAUCAUACAGUAAAUUUUAGUAGUUUCAAGAUAAUUGGAUAUUAUAAUGUCAAAUUUUACGUUCUUUAUAUGUUGUAAGUACAGUGUACACUGUCUAAACUGGACACUCAUGGGACCAAAUAUAUAGUGCGUCUGUUAGCAGAGAAAUCGGCAUUGAAGAGUUUUAAAAGUUAUAUUGUCCUUGCCUGAACCAAAGAAUUCGGUCUCUUUCUACAAAAAUCUGGAUAGGACGGAGUACAUUGAACUUAGUAUUUAGAUCUCCUGUAGACAAUUGUAUUCUCCAGGAACAUAACAUAAUAUUGUAUAUAUAAUCUAUCAUGACAAAAGCUUUGAAAGUUUUAAAUUAUUCAUCUAUAACUGUGAUUACUGACGAUUGUUAACCAUGAUAGAAAAACAAAUUUAAAUUUAGGUGUACAAUAUAAACAAAAUGAUGGACGUUAACAUGAUUGAAGAAUUUUGACAAUGAACAAUGAAAAAGAUAAAACUGUGAUUUUCCUCCGCAAUUAAAAAUCUUCUGUAGCUUCUGAA